GCUGAGCUAGCGGCACAGCUGGCGCUGACACGCACAGACCUGUCCGGUGCCUCACUAGAUGCGGACCGUCAGAGGGAGGAGGCACUGGCCACUCGGGGCGCUCGCUGACCACCUACAGGAGAAACUUGGCAAUGCUGAGGCUAAGAUCACAGCGGUAACGCAAGAGAACGAAGAGCUCGUCCAGAUGGUGAACCUGGCACGGGAGACGCAAUGUGAGCUGGCGACCGAGUUAGCGGAGGUGAAGGAGAAGUAUGCAGAAGUGAUGAAUCUUCUGCAGGAAGCGCAGGAGACGCUGCGUAAACAACGCAAGAAGAGCCAACCUCAAGCACGCGGUGGUCUGCUGUUCCCCUCACUGCACACAUCAGUUCCGACGCAUGCUCACAACCCUGACUCCCUUGCGUCGGAGCUGGAGUGUUCACUGUUCUCUGAACUCAGCCUCGACUCGGGCAUCGGAGCUUCAUCAACCACCCUGCCCAACUACAAGAAGGUAUUUGAGACGGUGAGAUGUGCCAGUCGUGCCGGCUCUCAGGGCGAGCAACAGCUCGGCAGGCAGCAGUCCGGGUCCGGGGGGUCUCGGUACCCCACCCUCGGCCCCACGGCGCCUCUGUCGACCUCAUCCAUCCAGCGGCCUCGGAUGUCUUCAAG